CUCGGUGCUCUGUGUUGUUCAACAAGCCGAAAACACAGUUUCACACAAAUUGCCUAGAGUUUCCCGUAGACAUGAAAUUGUGGAGGAAAUUUCGGAAGCGUCUAAAGCAUCUGUUCUGGAAUUGGUAUAUGAGAUGCUCAUCGAGAAAGCAACGACGACGCUCACGGUAUUGCCCAACGGAGAAUGAAGUUUGGCUGGAGUAUUAUGCAGAUUACCUGCAUCUCUGGCCCUUUCGGGAGCUCUGUUCCAAAUUGGAAACGAAUACGGUUCGGGGACUGACCGAUGAUGCUGCCAGGGCGAGACUGGCACGCAAUGGCCCGAACGUCUUGCCGAUUAGAACCAAACAUAUGCCGUACAUUUUGAGAUUGGCCAGGCACUGUUUCACCAUGGAUGGCGUACUGCUGCUCCUGAGUGCCAUAGCCUGUUUGGUACUCUUUAUUUGGUUGAAAAGUCAUUCGGAACAUGUUUAUAUUGAGUAUUUAAUAGCCUGUGGCAUACUUCUCUUCACAUUCGUUCUCUACGGAUAUUUGCGAAAGUUGCAGGAGAACGAUACCGAAUCCUUGGUGACGGCAUUUGAAGAUCUAAUGCCCAGGUACUGCACCGUGAUCCGAGACGGCGAAAAGGAGAUUAUUCUCACCCAGAAGGUGGUCAUGGGCGACAUUGUGCCGAUUAGUUAUGGACAGCGUCUUCCCGCCGACUUGCGAUUUUUCAAUUGCUUUGGCUUGGAGGUCAACAAUGUGGCCUUGACCGGGUAUACGGAUCCUAGGCAGAUUUUUCCUUUGGCAAUCGAUGACCGUCAGCAACGGUACUCAUCGCAAAUUUAUUAAAUUGUCAAUAAAAUUAAAAAAAAAUAA